AUGAUUUUGCCUCAGCACACCGAAUUGUUUUGCUUGUGCGUGUUGACAUCAUCGCUUCUUUCAAACGGAUAUUGUAGCAGCGCCUUUCAAUUCCGGUUGCCAUUCCAAACUGUUCCAGCCCGCAAAUUGUUUACAGAGUGGCGGAAGAAAGAUGUCGGUGUUAAAAAGCUCUUACAUGACCAGCAGCUGAAUGAGAACGUACAAGAAGCCAGAUUAUUCGAUCGCCUACCUUACAAUGUGGAAAUCUCAUACACACCGACGCAGGUGAUCAGGCAUCGUGGCUACCCUGCUGAAGUUCAUCACGUGACCACGGAUGAUGGGUACAUUUUGGAACUUCAUCGGAUUCCAGCCAAACCGUCGCUGGACGGGACGCCUAGAAAGGCCGUUUUGCUGCAACACGGAAACCUCCAGUCUUCAGGCGAAUGGCUCGUCAAUUUUCCCAACCGAACACUCCCGCUAUUACUGGCGGACAAGUCGUACGACGUGUGGUUGGGCAAUUUUAGGGGCAAUCGCUUUUCAAGAAGACACGUCACACUCAGUCCCAAACAAACCGAUUUUUGGAGAUUCAGCUGGGAUGAGAUAGGCAAUUUCGAUAUCCCAGCCUUGAUCAAUUAUAUCCUGUCUGUGACGGGCCUUCCAACUAUAUCUUACAUCGGCCACUCGUUGGGAUGUGGGGUGUUCUUCAUCGCUAUGGUCAAACAUCCGGAACUCAACGCUAAAAUCGACGCUAUGAUUGCCUUCGGACCGGUUUCAUCUUUUGCUCAUUCCAAUGCGUUAGUAUUCCGAGCUAUGACUUCGUUCGGCAAAGCCAUUGACACGAUGUUCCGGAGGAUUGGAACACGGGUAUUUAUGGACAACACAGGAAAGGGCCAUUACUUCCAACAGCUGUUGUGCGGUCAAACUUAUCAACAAGCGAAUCUUUGCGCAAAGUUUUUAAACAUCUACGCAGGAUGGAACCCACAUAACACGCAUCCGGAAGUAGUACCAACGACGAUAGCCAACAGCCAGCAAGGGACAUCCGUAGCUGUGCUGGCCCAAUUUGCACAAAAUGUCAAAGCAGGGGAAACGUUUCAAGCCUAUGAUUAUGGACCUAAAGGCAAUAGGAUACGAUACGGAACGAAAAAGCCGUUGGAAUACGACCUUAAAAAAGUUACGGCGCCGGUGUACGUCUAUUCAGGGGGAAAUGAUCGUAUCGUGAGCCCAAAGGACGUGGACUGGCUUCUGCCUCGACUAGGAAAUUUAAAACGAUCCGUUCGUAUUAAAAGCUACAACCACGAGGAUUUCGUUUGGGGAACGGAUGUCAAAGAAACGCUUUAUGACAGUGUCAUGGCUGAUUUACCUCCCCCCUAGCCCAAAUGCUUUGAUUAUUACCCGAAAGAGAUUGCGCAAAAUAUAC